AUGAAGUUCAGAGUAUUGUUUAUCGUUUCUCUCUCCAUGUUUUCAUAUGGGACAUGUCAAAUAAAGGGUGUCAUUCACCAGCAUCCUUUGGUAGUUGCUGAACUUGGAAGCAGUGUGAUUUUACCCUGCUCUUAUUCAUUUGACAUGAUACACACUGUUUCAUGGUAUAAACAGACUGUUGUUGGAACUGACUUUUUAAAUAUGAGCAUCAUAAACCUGAAGGAAAAUGAUUUUGCAAACUACUAUUGUGCUGUGACCUUCUUCAACACAAUUCAGUUUGGAGAAGGGAUGAUUUCGCUACACAAAGGUAAAGAUUCUGCCAUUGGGUCCAUAGUUCUCCAGCAGCCUGUAUCUGACAGACUUCAUCCAGGAGAUUCAGUGACUCUGCAGUGUUCGGUCAUCAGUCAGAUCUGUGCAGGAGAAUACAGCGUCUACUGGUUCAGACAUUCAUCAGGACAUUCUCAUCCAGGACUCAUUUACACCCGUGAUAACAGGAGUGAUCAGUGUAUGGAGAAAUCAGAGAACGGCUCUUCUACCCAGAGCUGUGUCUUCAAUCUCUCUCAGACUGAACUCAGACCAUCUGAUGCUGGGAUUUAUUACUGUGCUGUUGCCACAUGUGGGAAGAUACACUUUGGAAAUGGAACUAAGUUGAUAGUUGAAGCAUCUUCGACUUUAACUUUUUGGAAUCCAGUUGUUUUAACCCUGUUCACAAUAAGCAUAAUAUCCAUUAUGGUGAACAUAUUUCUGGUCCUAGAGUAG